AUGAUUAUAGAUCGAUGGGGACCUGAUGCCGAAAAUCCACUGGAGUAUGUUAUGUUACGUACGAUUGGUUAUCAUCAAUACAAAAGAAAUCUACAAAUAAAUAUUCCACUCAUUAAUUAUGAAUUAUUUGAGACACGAUCGACAAGAACAACAACGACAACAACAAAUGAUCAUUAUCUUUAUUAUUCAGACAUAAAAAUUUUAAAAUUGAACAUGACAAAGAUAACACCAAAAACUGCUCGUUCUUUCCCUUUAUUUCAACAUAUCAAUUCUCUUGUCAUAGAUAUGCGAACAAAACAUUCAUCGUGGGACAAGUCAUUGAGUUUUGUGAACUGGGUUCAAUCAAAUGACAAUGAUGACGAACAGCAAUAUGUUGCUUAUCUUUCAAAUAUUGUUCAUUUAUCCAAUGUAACUAAAAUUAACUUUGAAACAAAUGUUGACCCAUCGGGAUCUGCAGAUAUUAAGUUUAUUCUACAAUAA